UCUUCGCUAUAGCUAGCCGGCUACCUCCUAUCCGAAAGAGACGCCAUUAUUUUGGGGAAAGAAGACGUCCGCGUCGGGUAGCAAGAGGAAGUAUCUCUCAGUUUGGACCCGCUCCUCUCACACCUGUGGGGGGGUACUGAUUAAACUCAGACCCGUUUCCGCUCUCGAAGGUGUUAAACUCCUGAUUUGUGCUCAUUUUGUGGAAAAAAAAGAAGAAAAAGAACAAGAAGAAGAAGCCGGAAGCUGAUGUGAGCUGCGCAGAGACUUCAAGCUCUCCGCGCUCGUUCUGAUCACAAAUAAAUAAAAAGGAGCGUUAAUAAACUGUCAUGGCGGCCGGAGGGGCGGGCAGCAGGACGUACUCGUUCAAGGUGGUGCUGCUGGGGGAAGGCUGCGUGGGGAAGACGUCCCUGGUGCUCCGCUACUGCGAGAACAAGUUCAACGACAAGCACAUCACCACUCUGCAGGCGUCGUUCCUCACGAAGAAGCUCAACAUCACAGGAAAGAGGGUGAACUUGGCCAUCUGGGACACGGCGGGUCAGGAGCGUUUCCACGCUUUGGGGCCGAUUUACUACCGCGACUCCAACGGAGCCGUGCUGGUGUACGACAUCACCGACGAGGACUCCUUUCUGAAGGUGAAGAACUGGGUCAAAGAGCUCAGGAAAAUGUUGGGGAACGAGAUCUGUUUAUGUAUAGUAGGUAAUAAAAUUGAUUUGGACAAAGACCGACAUGUUUCAGUGGAAGAGGCGGAGAGUUACGCCGAGUCGGUCGGAGCCAAACAUUAUCACUCGUCAGCCAAGUUGAAUAAAGGCAUCGAGGAGCUUUUCCUGGAUCUUUGUAAACGGAUGAUGGAGACGGCUCAGGCCGAGGAGAGAUUGAAGGGCAACGGAGCCAGCCAAUCAGCAUCGAGUAGGCGGGGCGUACAGAUUGUCGAUGACGAACCACAAUCCACGCCCGCGGGAGGAUGCUGCUCUUCUGGCUAACACACACUCACACGCACACGCUUGCAGACAUAAUAUUCACACACACACACACACACACACACACACACACACACAUUUGAGUCUCUGUUGCUUUAGAAUCUUAAAAAUAAUAAAAAAUAAUCCCAAAUGUUUUUUUGCUGGGAAAUAAUAUUUAAAAUGGUUUAAUCACUGUUCCCUUCAAAAUAAAAGCAUCUCAUGAUCAAAUUGAGCGAUUUUCAAUUUGAUGAAAAUCCACAUUUUCAGAACUAAAAUCUCUAAUUUCCCACAGAAGCAGUGAUUUCAAAGUAAACACUGAAGCUGUUUUUUUUUAAUACUUCACGAAGAAAAGAGCUGAAGUAACUUUAAAUGGCGCCAGAGAUUUAUUAUUAUAAUUCAUUUUGUUGUCUUUUCUUUUUUUUGGUGGGAUAAAACAUACAAACACACACUGUAUAAACCUCCAUUAAUCAUCAUAUUUAUCUAUAAAUAUAAACAUGUUUCUUCCUGAUAUUAAACCCCUGGAGGAGCGUGAAACGGCGCCGCCUGCUGGACAAAACAUUAAAGGACAGGUUUCCAUUCUUUCAAGUUUUUAUCUCCACUCAACGAAAACGCUCUGGAAGAGGUUUUAAAGUUCUUCUUAAAGGGACAGUAGCGCUGUUUAGACGUACUACACUCCACUGGUCAGUAGUACUACUCUGACUAUGGAGAAGUACUUCAUUCAAAUACAUGUCUGUCCCUUUAAAAGAUGAACUUCUAUUUUUUUUAUUUAUUUUUUUUUACACAGAAUUAAUAUUUAUCCUCCAUUUCAGACGAAGUGAAGAUCAAUAACCCCUUAACGGUUACUACGAGAUAUUAAAGGAUCAUGUGACUAAAAAAGAACCGGUUUAAAUGUGUGUUUUUGGUUUUUCGGGGUUUUUCUUUUAUUCCAGAAUGUUGUAAUAAAAUAAAAUCGACUGGAAAAAGUC